AUGGCUUCCGCAGGCGCCCUCAACCCCGAUAUUGUGUCUGCCAAGGUGAAGACACUGAUGAACAAUCAACUGAAGACAAUAUUGAAAAAGGAAAGCCUUCCAGUCUCAGGCGCCAAAGCUGCUAUGCAAACGCGGAUCAUCAAUAAACUCUACAGCUACGGAAACAAUAACGACAUAGAAGGCUUCAGUCGUCUCCGGAGCCUCGUUAACAACCCGGAUCUAGAUCCAAUCCGCCGAUCCCCCUCACCGUCUGCUGCUCGCACGUAUCCGAAUAAUUCGGUACCAACACCAAACCAUUACCAGCACUCUUUCAGCAGCUCUAUCAGACCUGGAUCGCACAAUAUGGCACCAAGCAUAAAUGGAACAGGGCCGAGACCUCCCCAAUUCAAAGCCAGUCCUUUCUACUCGAUACUGGAACCUCUGUCGCCAGUAUUAGAUUGUAAAGUUCCAGCCCGAGAGCAGACAAGAGAUACAGUCAAUUUGAUAAUCAAUCUUCGUGCCGACAUUGCGGAGAGACUCAGUGAGGAUGGUUCUACAAGAGCCAUGAUAUACUCUGCUUCAGAACCCAUGUCGCCAUUCUCAAAAGUCGACAUUGAGUUUCCCUAUCAGCUUGAGAUUAAGAUCAAUCAAGAUGAAGUAAAAGCCAAUUUCAGGGGCCUCAAAAACAAGCCGGGGACAACGAGACCUGUGGAUGUCACCACAAUGCUGCGGCCCAAACCAGGUUACGAUAACCACAUGAUAGUUACAUACGCACUCACCAAGAAGAGAUUUCUGAUAGUGGUCAAUCUUGUUAAGCGUCAUCCCGUGGAAGAACUGGUUGCGAAGCUCAAGUCUGGUAAAACAAUAGCGAAAGAGCAAGUCGUACGUGAGAUGAUAAGCAGAUCGGAAGACACGGAAAUCGUAGCAACAUCCUCAAUAAUGUCAUUGAAAUGUCCAUUGUCGACGCUGAGGAUCGAUGUGCCCUGCCGUUCAUCGGUCUGCAGUCACAAUCAGUGUUUCGAUGCCUCGUCUUUCCUUCAACUCCAAGAGCAAGCCCCCACUUGGACCUGCCCUGUCUGUAAUAAAGCCGCUGCUUACGAACAUCUACAAGUCGACCAGUAUGUAGCCGAUAUCUUGAAAUCGACACCGAAGUCGGUCGACCAAGUUACCAUUGAGCCCAAUGGUACAUGGUCCCAAACUGCAGGGGGCGCUCCGUCACCGAGAACCAGCAACGGACGCACCAGUAGCGAUGGUGAAGAGGACCUCGUAGAAAUUCGAGAUCUGCCGCGACUUGCUUCCGUGAAAACGGAGGUCUCUCGGGAGCCAGGACUCAUGCGAACGCCUCCGAUCUCAUCGAGAGAACAUUCGACUUCUUCAGCACCACUACCGCCGCCCAGUAAUAAGCGAUCUGCAGGUCAGGUAGUCGACCUGACUCUGAGCAGUGAUGAGGACGACGAUCCACCAAGAGGCCCCAAAAGGCAGCAACUGGUCCAUAAAUCCUCGAGUGGCUUCGGCAAACUCCCUGGACUGGAAAACGUGCCUUUAAGGACAAAUGGAGAGAAUGGAGGUGUUCCAAGACAACCAUCUUCGAACCCUUUCACCACCCCAAAUCAUACGCCGAAAGAGUACACGCAGCCACGAUGA